AUUUUUAGGCUAUUUUAGACUAAGAUAUUGUAAUGUAAAACAAAUAGUGCCUACUGGAUAAGAAUAUGAUUUUGAUUAAAAAUCAAGAGCAAGUACAACACCUCUGUAUUCCUUUUCAGAGCCAUGGAGGCCAUAUAUGAAGUAGAGGUUACCACAGGCUCCAUGACCCACGCGGGCACUUUUGACAAAAUAUUCAUUACUCUAAUUGGCACACAUGGAGAGAGUCAGCGGACCAAGCUUGACAGCUUUGGAAGAGAUUUUAAAACUGGGAUGCAAGUAAAGUACAAAGUGACAACCAGGUUCACCGUCGGCUACCUGCUGCUUAUCAGACUUGAGAAAGAUAAUUUCAUGUUCUUGCCAGAGAAUGACUGGUUCUGCUCUCUGGUAAAAGUAAGAACCCCCGAGAAGGAUGUGAUCCAUUUCCCAUGCUUUCGCUGGAUGGCAGAGGGGGAAGUGAUUGAGCUGCGAGAGGCCAAAGAACCUGAUCAGUGGGUUCAAAUGGAAGACAUGAAGAGUGCCUUUUGGUCAUCCAGAACCACUAUCUCUGAAUAUGUGCUGCUGCACUGGAUGGAUGAUGAUUUUUUUGGAUACCAGCUUCUAAAUGGCCCAAAUCCAAUGAUGCUCCGUCGAUGCACUGAGCUUCCUCUGAACUUUGCUGUUAAUGAUGGUAUGAUGCAGCUUUUUCUAGGGAGUGGAACUUCUCUUACUCAAGAGAUGAAGCAAGGAAACAUAUUCUUAUGUGACUAUAAAAGACGGGCAGAUUUACCGGCUCAAGUCAUCAAUGGGAAGCAGCAGUAUGUUGCGGCUCCACUGUGUCUGCUGUACAAGAACCAAAUGGGCAAACUUCUGCCUAUUGCUAUUCAGUUGCAGCAACAGGCGUCAGACAACAAUCCAGUUUUCCUGCCUAGCGACUGCGAGUAUGAUUGGCAGCUUGCCAAACUCUAUGUGAGGAACGCAGACUGUCUUGAGCAUCAGGCAUCUUUCUAUCUGAUUCUGCGCACCCAUCUGUUAACUGAUACCUUUACAGUGUCAUUACUAAGGAACCUCUCGGCAGCUCACCCAAUUCAUAAGUUGCUGAUGCCACACACACGUUAAACCCUCCAGAUAAAUACCCUUAUUCGGGACAGACUUAUAGGUCCUAAGGGUGCUGUCACUCAGAAUACCAGUAUUGGAGAUGAAGGGAUGACCGAUCUCAUGAAGAAGGCGCUCUCAGACCUGACCUACAGCUCUCUCUGCCUGCUUGAAGACAUCAGUGACCGUGGUCUGGAAUCUAUUCCCAACUUCUUCUACAGAGAUGAUGGACUUCAGAUCUGGGGCAUCAUAAAUGAUUUUGUAAGGAGCAUGGUGGAGUUUUAUUACAAGAGUGACAGUGAUGUACAGCGGGACACUGAACUCCAGGACUGGAUCAAGGAGAUCUUCAUUCGUGGGUUUCUUGAGAAGAGCAGCACAGGAAUACCUCAGUGUUUUAGUACAGUGGAGGAGGUAAUUACAUUUGUAACCAUGGUGGUCUUCACAGUUUCAGCUCAACAUUCUGCCCUCAGAGCAGGACUAUUUGACUAUGGAAGUUGGUUUCCCAACGCCCCUGGCUCUCUAAAAAGACCUCCUCCUUCAUCUAAGGGAAGCUCAGACAAAAACACCCUACUGGACACUCUGCCUGACAUGACCUCUGCAUAUCUAGUAUCAGUCUUUUGGCUGUUGAGCAAACCUUCAUCAGAUUUAGUUUCACUUGGGCAAUACCCUGAGGACUACUUUUGCCAGGCUCCCCAGAAAAUGAUCAGAGAUUAUCAAGCAGCGCUGUCCUUUUUGAGUGAGUCCAUCAAAGACAGAAACACAGGGCUGCAAGUGCCUUACACGUACAUGUGCCCUGAUACGAUCAGCAACAGUGUCAGCAUUUGA